AUGGAAGAUGAAGGGGGUGAAUGUGGGCAAGGUUUGAGCUCAAGGCCAUCUAAAAAGUUUACCGUACUGCCAUUUACUACAAGAUCUGCAGUUCCUUCUAAAAGAAUCAAUCUCAGACUACAAGAUCUGCAGUUCAUUGCUGUUCAUUCUAAAAGAAUCAAUCUCAGACUACAAGAUCUGCAUGCACUUGCUGUUCAUUCUAAAAGAAUCAAUCUCAGACUACAAGAUCUGCAGUUCCUUGCUGUUCAUUCUAAAAGAAUCAAUCUCAGACUACAAGAUCUGCAGUUCCUUGCUGUUCAUUCUAAAAGAAUCAAUCUCAGACUACAAGAUCUGCAUGCACUUGCUGUUCAUUCUAAAAGAAUCAAUCUCAGACUACAAGAUCUGCAGUUCCUUGCUGUUCAUUCUAAAAGAAUCAAUCUCAGACUACAAGAUCUGCAUGCACUUGCUGUUCAUUCUAAAAGAAUCAAUCUCAGACUACAAGAUCUGCAGUUCCUUGCUGUUCAUUCUAAAAGAAUCAAUCUCAGACUACAAGAUCUGCAGUUCCUUGCUGUUCAUUCUAAAAGAAUCAAUCUCAGACUACAAGAUCUGCAUGCACUUGCUGUUCAUUCUAAAAGAAUCAAUCUCAGACUACAAGAUCUGCAGUUCCUUGCUGUUCAUUCUAAAAGAAUCAAUUUCAGACUACAAGAUCUGCAUGCACUUGCUGUUCAUUCUAAAAGAAUCAAUCUCAGACUACAAGAUCUGCAGUUCCUUGCUGUUCAUUCUAAAAGAAUCAAUCUCAGACUACAAGAUCUGCAGUUCCUUGCUGUUCAUUCUAAAAGAAUCAAUCUCAGACUACAAGAUCUGCAUGCACUUGCUGUUCAUUCUAAAAGAAUCAAUCUCAGACUACAAGAUCUGCAGUUCCUUGCUGUUCAUUCUAAAAGAAUCAAUCUCAGACUACAAGAUCUGCAGUUCCUUGCUGUUCAUUCUAAAAGAAUCAAUCUCAGACUACAAGAUCUGCAUGCACUUGCUGUUCAUUCUAAAAGAAUCAAUCUCAGACUACAAGAUCUGCAGUUCCUUGCUGUUCAUUCUAAAAGAAUCAAUCUCAGACUACAAGAUCUGCAUGCACUUGCUGUUCAUUCUAAAAUAAUCAAUCUCAGACUACAAGAUCUGCAUGCACUUGCUGUUCAUUCUAAAAGAAUCAAUCUCAGACUACAAGAUCUGCAGUUCCUUGCUGUUCAUUCUAAAAGAAUCAAUCUCAGACUACAAGAUCUGCAUGCACUUGCUGUUCAUUCUAAAAGAAUCAAUCUCAGACUACAAGAUCUGCAGUUCCUUGCUGUUCAUUCUAAAAGAAUCAAUCUCAGACUACAAGAUCUGCAUGCACUUGCUGUUCAUUCUAAAAGAAUCAAUCUCAGACUACAAGAUCUGCAGUUCCUUGCUGUUCAUUCUAAAAGAAUCAAUCUCAGACUACAAGAUCUGCAUGCACUUGCUGUUCAUUCUAAAAGAAUCAAUCUCAGACUACAAGAUCUGCAGUUCCUUGCUGUUCAUUCUAAAAGAAUCAAUCUCAGACUACAAGAUCUGCAGUUCCUUGCUGUUCAUUCUAAAAGAAUCAAUCUCAGACUACAAGAUCUGCAUGCACUUGCUGUUCAUUCUAAAAGAAUCAAUCUCAGACUACAAGAUCUGCAGUUCCUUGCUGUUCAUUCUAAAAGAAUCAAUCUCAGACUACAAGAUCUGCAAUUCCUUGCUGUUCAUUCUAAAAGAAUCAAUCUCAGACUACAAGAUCUGCAUGCACUUGCUGUUUAUUCUAAAAGAAUCAAUCUCAGACUACAAGAUCUGCAGUUCCUUGCUGUUCAUUCUAAAAGAAUCAAUCUCAGACUACAAGAUCUGCAUGCACUUGCUGUUCAUUCUAAAAGAAUCAAUCUCAGACUACAAGAUCUGCAGUUCCUUGCUGUUCAUUCUAAAAGAAUCAAUCUCAGACUACAAGAUCUGCAGUUCCUUGCUGUUCAUUCUAAAAGAAUCAAUCUCAGACUACAAGAUCUGCAUGCACUUGCUGUUCAUUCUAAAAUAAUCAAUCUCAGACUACAAGAUCUGCAGUUCCUUGCUGUUCAUUCUAAAAGAAUCAAUCUCAGACUACAAGAUCUGCAUGCACUUGCUGUUCAUUCUAAAAGAAUCAAUCUCAGACUACAAGAUCUGCAGUUCCUUGCUGUUCAUUCUAAAAGAAUCAAUCUCAGACUACAAGAUCUGCAUGCACUUGCUGUUCAUUCUAAAAGAAUCAAUCUCAGACUACAAGAUCUGCAGUUCCUUGCUGUUCAUUCUAAAAGAAUCAAUCUCAGACUACAAGAUCUGCAUGCACUUGCUGUUCAUUCUAAAAGAAUCAAUCUCAGACUACAAGAUCUGCAGUUCCUUGCUGUUCAUUCUAAAAGAAUCAAUCUCAGACUACAAGAUCUGCAGUUCCUUGCUGUUCAUUCUAAAAGAAUCAAUCUCAGACUACAAGAUCUGCAUGCACUUGCUGUUCAUUCUAAAAUAAUCAAUCUCAGACUACAAGAUCUGCAGUUCCUUGCUGUUCAUUCUAAAAGAAUCAAUCUCAGACUACAAGAUCUGCAUGCACUUGCUGUUCAUUCUAAAAGAAUCAAUCUCAGACUACAAGAUCUGCAGUUCCUUGCUGUUCAUUCUAAAAGAAUCAAUCUCAGACUACAAGAUCUGCAUGCACUUGCUGUUCAUUCUAAAAGAAUCAAUCUCAGACUACAAGAUCUGCAGUUCCUUGCUGUUCAUUCUAAAAGAACCAAUGUACUAAAAAGAAAGUGUAUGUAUGCGUGUACACGCUAA